UGCACAGCUAGCUACAGCUACCUUUUGAGACCAAUCCCUCCCGACCACCUACACCAAUCCACCCCCAGCCGUAGCCAUGGAGGGCGGCCUCUACACUGAGCGCAUCCUUGCCCCCGAGACCACCGACCAUUUUCUGUGGAUCGUCAUCGUUGGCGCAUUUGGCGCAUUUUUCGCGGCCUUCGGCAUCGGGGCCAACGAUGUCGCCAACGCGUUCGCCACCUCCGUGGGCGCCAAGGCCCUGACCAUCAAGCAGGCCGUCGUCCUGGCUGGCAUCUUCGAGUUCCUCGGCGCUGUGUUCCUGGGCUCGCACGUGACUAAGACCAUCCGCUCCGGCAUCGCGGACACAGAGUGCUUCGAGGACAACCCGGGGAUCCUCAUGUACGGCAACAUGUGCGUCGUGUACACGACCGGGUUCUGGCUCCUGCUGGCCUCCUUCUUCGAGCUGCCCGUGUCCACCACCCACUCCACCAUCGGAGGCAUCGUCGGGAUGGCCAUAACCUACCGCGGCCCCGACUGCGUGGUCUGGUACGAGAAGGCCGACCUCUUCCCCUACCUCAAGGGAAUCUCCGCCAUCGUGGCCUCGUGGGUUCUAUCCCCGGUCCUCUCCGCUGUGAUCGCCGUAGCGCUGUUCCUGUUCAUGAGGACCUUCGUGCUCCGCUCACCCGACUCCCACAAGAGGGCUAUCGUCGUCUUCCCCUUCCUCGUGACCGCCACCAUCGCCGUCAACGUUUUCUUCAUCGUGUACAAGGGCGCCAAGGGUCUUGGCCUGGACGACACUACCAUCCCCGUCGCGUUCGCCUGGGCCUUGGGCCUGGGGGGGGGGGUCGGCCUGGCCAUGAUCCCCACGGUGCUCCCCUACAUGCGGCGGAACAUCGCUGCCAAGUUCAACGAGGACGGCACCCUCAAGCCAGUUGCAGCGGUGGAGGAGAAGGAGAAGCAGAGCGGCGUGGUCGGGUUCGUGAUAAACCAGUUAAACAAGGACGUCCACUCGAGCGUCAAGGAGUCGGAGUACGUGAGCCAGAUCCACGACAACGCCGAACAGUUCGACCCCCGCGCGGAGGAGGCCUUCAAGUACGUGCAGGUGUUUACGGCCAUCUGCGACUCCUUCUCUCACGGAGCGAAUGACGUGGCCAACGCCAUGGGACCCUUCGCGUCUAUCUACAUCGUCUACACCACCGGCGUGGUCAGCUCGGAAGGCGACCUCGGGGACAACGCCUUCUGGAUCCUUGCUCUCGGUGGUUUCGGUAUCGUUACCGGGCUCGCCAUCUACGGGUACAAGAUCAUCGCCGCCAUCGGCGUUAAGAUCGCCAAGAUCACCCCGUCCCGUGGUUUCGCGAUCGAGCUCGGUUCCGCCAUGAUGAUCAUCAUCGGCACCCGGCUCGAGAUUCCCCUCUCCACCACCCACUGCCAGGUCGGGGCCACCACCGGUGUCGCCCUCCUCGAGGGAACCGGAGGCGUCAACGGCACGGUGCUCGGGAAGGCCGUGUUCGGCUGGAUCAUCACCAUCAUCGUGUGCGCCCUCACGUGCUCCGUGAUCUUCGCGCAGGGGGCCUACGCGCCCUACGUGUACGACACCAUCGACCUGCCAACCUCCACUUCGUCCUCGUAAAAAGGAAAACAAAACGCAUAUACUGGUAUAUGACAUAUGCAUACAUCAGUCAGAUACAAAAGAUGACCACCUGACUCUUGUUGAGCCUGAUACCCACAGGAGGGGAGGAGAUGCGAUGGCUGGCUGUGUGCUGCUCGGGGAACCGAAAAAUUACAUUUGGCCACUUUUUCUAGGGAAUAUAUACUUUUACCUCUUUUGCGCGUGUUUGUCGCGCCUGCCCCUGCCUGCCGUUGAUGCAGUAUAAUAAUAGUAUACCGUAUACGACACAAGACAAGAUAACACACCCCCUGGACCGAUUUUCAAAGCUCGAUUACUGCACGAUGAAGAGGAUGCUUAAACGAAUCGACACGAUGAUAUCGGAAAGCUCUCGACGAGACAGCUUCAACGCCGCCAUUUUCGGCGGUGCCAGUCAAAGUGUCGUGGAGAAAUCGAGCUUUGAAAACAGCUUCAGGGCGGGGUGUGAUAUCUUGUGUCACCUGCGGUAGUCGUAGCCUUGGGAGGGUUUUUGCAUGAAGUAAACAUGUUGGAUAAAGCAUGCAAUCGGGGGAGUUGGGUUAGGAGCAGGAGCAGGCAGGGUCGGCGUACUUCCACCCUCUCCCUGUUUUAUAAUCUUCAAUAAACUUGGUUUCUCACGAAAGCGGCCAGGAAGUAGCCUUAUUCGCAUUUUCUACUAAUUAUUACGCAAGCAAGCAAGCAUGCAUGCAUGCAUGUUGUUGGAUAAAAAGGAUGAAGGAAGUUGGUUGAUCAAAGCUGUUCCUUAAACUCGUUUUCGGGGCGAAAAGAGCGAAAAGAGAAAGUAUUUUUUUUCGUGCUUAGAAAUUCCGAGACAUCCGAUCAAUGAGAGUCAUACCCAUCCGUGGUUCCAUGAUUUGUUUCUAUUUUGGAAUCCAUCCGGUUUAAUCGCGUUUGUUUGUUUGUUUUAACUCAAGUUAGUUGAAUAAUCUGUCGCCGUACGGAAGAUCAUGAAAAAGCAUGUACUGGAUUGGGUGAGGCUUCCUUCGGACUACUAGUACUUACUACUCUGUUGAACUUUUUCGUUGCAAAUUCAAAUAUCCGUUGGCAUAUAUGUUUACUUUUUUUUGUGUUUUGUUUGUUGUUGGUUGGUUGUUUUUUGCAAGGGUUCAUUUACUCGGUAACGGUUUUUAUUUUUUAGGCGGACACGUUUUCGGCGGUAAUACCAUUUGGCGUUAAUUGUUUUGGAGGACGGCGGUAAUGAGUUUCUAGGCGGUAACGACUUUGGCCGAGGUGGUAAAACUACAAAAAGGCGGAAAUAUUUUGGCGGUAACCCCAUAUGGCGGUUUUUUUUUUCGCGGACGGCGGUACGUAAUAAUGGGUUUUUCGGCGGUAACGACUUCAGCCGAGGCGGUAAAACCAAAAACAGGGGGUAAUUUUUCGGCGGUAAAGCCAUACGGCG